CUGAUAUACAAAUUCAGCAUGCGGUACGGACUCGUCGCCCCGGCUCUAUGUCGGACCCUCGCCCGUAACCCCCGCAUCGGCGUCACCAUCUGUGAGCGGAGUCUGAGAAAACUCUCAUCCAUGCGCAGCGGCAAGCCUUUUGAGGAGGAGAACUGCGGCAACUACAAUCCAAGGAACUUUUACCCUGCGCGUAUCGGUGAGACACUUGGUGGAAAAUAUGAGCUCAUCUCCAAGCUGGGAUGGGGAACCGGUUCCACUGUUUGGCUUGCGAGGGCUACAUCUUGGCUCCCUUGGCAAAAUGACCGCUACGUCUCUCUCAAGAUCACAAACAACACUCCAGCGGUUCGGGCCGCGGCCCGUAAGGAGCUUGACCUGACAGACCAUAUCUUCUCUGUCCCAACGUCGCACCCCGGUCGCGAGUACAUCCGCGGCGUCCUUGACUCUUUCGAGGUCGAAGGGCCUCAUGGCACUCACCUAUGCAUGGCCAUGGAGCCUCUGCGGCAACCGCUCUGGAUGUUGGGACAGCAGAGUGGCCUCACAAGCUGGGUUCAGCCACGCACCAUCAAGGCUGUCCUACCAAGUAUUCUCAAGUCACUUGACUAUCUGCACUCUGAGGCCGGCAUCAUUCACACUGAUCUCAAGGGCGACCACUUCAUGGUUCCUUUCGAAGAUACUGGCGUUCUUGAAGAGUACGCCAUCCGCCAGACAGCCAAUCCAGCGCCCUGCAUCCAAAGGAGCGGUCGUCCUAUUUACGAGUCACGUAAUAGUUUCGGCCAUCUAAGGGGAGACGUCACCUACGUCAAGCUCACAGACUUUGGUCUCGCUGUCCACGGUAGCAUGAAACACAACCAUGACAUCCAGCCCCGAGAGUACACCGCCCCCGAGGUGAUGCUCCGAGCUGGCUGGACUUACUCUGCCGAUAUCUGGAACUUGGGCCUUGUGCUAUGGGAGCUCCUUGGAGACGUCAACCUACUUAGCGGCCGUAUUCCCGGCCACUGCAACUUCUCCAACAAAACCCGCUUCGCCCAAAUGAUUCGCCUCCUCGGCCCUCCACCCUCAGAUCUUCUCGCCCGCGCCGACCGAGGAACUCUGUCCAAGUACUACAACGAGCAGGGCAAAUUUCGGUACCCCGAGCUCAUCCCCGACGACAUGUUCACGCUCGAAAACUCGACGCCCAUGCUCGAGGGCCAAGAGCGAGCACUCUUUAUCAACUUUGCCCGUCGCAUGUUGACAUGGCUGCCUGAGCAGCGUGCUACGGCCAAGGAGCUGCUCGAUGACCCUUGGCUCAAGUCGAUCGGCCGUAAUAGGCCCUGUGGGUUUGGAUAUCUCGAGGACACGCGCCUGACCUGA